AUGGCGGAUGACCAAGGAGUGGAAGUGCAAUUGCAUGCCUAUUUAAAAAAUCUUGCUACAAAGUCUCAAAACGGGGACGAUUGUUCAUUUAUGGAAAUUAUAAAAGAGUUUCCAAGUAUAUACAACCGUAGCAGUGCUCAAUUCAAGGACAAGAAUAUCAAGUCCAAUGCGUGGAAAGAGAUCGCAUCCCUUCAUACAGACAUGGAUGUGAAUACGUGCAAACAAAGAUAUGAGAGCAUUCGAACCACUUUUUCGCGGUAUCUUAAGAGGUGCAAACCGUCUUCUGGAUCUGGCAGUGAUUCGGUAAUAUUGGAGGCCAAAUACGAACAUUUGCGCUGGUUGUGUCCCUUCAUCAAAUCACGAUCGACUUGUUCAAAUAUUAUUAUACCUGAAGAGCCACUCAAAGUUUCUGGUACAAGUAUGGAUACUAGUAGAGAAGAAGAAGACGAGGAGGAAACAGUUUGUGUUUCAGAAUAUAAACCUUCCCUUGAAAUACUCGAAAGGUGUGAUUUCAUGUAA